UUCUCAACGGGUUUGUUACUGUUUGGGGAGAACCUGUUAGAAAUGUGAACUGGUUGGUGGUGAGCCAUGCCUUCUGCUUAGGUCUAUGCUACCUUUGGACAGUCACCCAGCGACCCUGGCUUCCUGGCUGCUCGGGAACUACCGGGGGGAGUAGGAACUACGCAAGGGUAACCAGGACACACCGGCAACCCCGGACCCAUCCAUGGCCCAGGCUUACCCAUCAGCCCAGUUUGCCCCCCCUCCCCAGAAUGGCAUUCCAGCUGAGUUCACAGCUUCACAUCCCCACCCACAUCCACACUCCCACCCACAUCCACACCAGCACCCAGCAGCACCACAAGACUACACCGGAGUCCAGGCCUCCGUCAGUGAGCAUCCACUCAACAUGUACCCGUCUUCGCAGAGCCACAGCGAGCAGAGUGGGUCAGACACCGGCAGUCAGACGGUCACUGGCACAGCCACACAGACAGAUGAUGCUGCCCAGCCAGACAGUCAGCCACCAACACAGACUGUACCUGAAAGCACAGACAGCAAGGCCCAACCCAAGAGACUUCAUGUCUCCAACAUCCCCUUCAGGUUCAGAGACCCAGACCUCAGGCAAAUGUUCGGCCAAUUUGGCAAAAUCUUAGAUGUGGAAAUCAUCUUCAAUGAGCGUGGUUCUAAGGGUUUCGGGUUCGUAACAUUCGAACAUAGUGUGGACGCCGACAGGGCCAGAGAGAAAUUACACGGCACCGUGGUAGAAGGCCGUAAAAUAGAGGUCAACAAUGCAACUGCCCGAGUAAUGACAAAUAAGAAGACUGUCAAUCCCUAUGCAAAUGGCUGGAAGUUAAAUCCAGUGGUCAGCGCUGUCUAUAGCCCAGAAUUCUAUGCAGUACCAGGUUUUCCCUACCCAGCAGCCAGUGCAGCAGCAGCAUAUAGAGGUGCCCACCUACGAGGUCGAGGACGAACCGUCUACAACACAUUCAGGGCGGCUGCUCCGCCGCCCCACAUCCCAGCUUACGGAGGUGUUGUUUACCAGGAUGGAUUUUAUGGUGCAGAUAUUUAUGGUGGUUACGCUGCCUACAGAUAUGCCCAGCCUACUGCUGCCACAGCUGCUGCAUACAGUGACAGUUACGGACGAGUAUAUGCUGCCGACCCCUACAACCACACACUCACUCCAGCAGCCACAUACAGCGUUGGUGCCAUGCUGUUGGCAUGUACCCCUGGCAUGAAGCGUCUCGCUGUGCUUGCUGCAUGAUGGUUGCUCCGGUCAUGGGUCUUUUUCAUCCCCCAUGGGUUUGCACUGGAAUAACGGUAAUGUAAUGUUGAAACUCUAGUUGUAGUUGGUGCUGGACUGAGGGGGCUAACAAGGAUUUAUGUGUGUUUGUGUGUCUGUGGGUGUGUGUGUGUGUCUGUGUACAUUGGUGUUCCUAUGAAUAUGUUGCAAUCUCUCGUGGGUAUAUGCCUAUGUGUGUGUUGUGGUGUUUGUCGGUGCAUAUAUGUGUGUGUUUCAGAAUGCGUUCACCCCGCUGACAGAUGCCAAAACUCGGAGCCAUGCUGAUGAUGUGGGGUUGGUGCUCUCCUCUCUCCAGGCUAGUAUAUACCGGGGAGGCUACAGCCGCUUCGCACCCUAUUAGCAACACCUCCAACCUAUACUCAACCUUCCAACAGGACAGAAAGAAAGUGCGUGUGAGUGUGAGUGUGUGAGUGAAUGAGAAUGACAAAGAGAGGAGAGGAACUAGCUAUCAUAGGAGAGACGUUACUGAGGCGUGGGUAUUGCAAUACAUGCAGUUUGUGCAUCAUUUCAGCAUCUCCUAAGAGAGAAGUACAAAAAAAAGGAUCAAGAAUAAAAUGACAGCUGAUAUUUUUCAUCUUAUACCUCAGAUAUUUUGUGCUGUGUAUUUUGAUAUUGUGGGUUUUUAAUUUCUAAAGAUUUAAACAUAGAUUAUCAGCUGUAGAGGUUUUUCCAUGGUACUAAUAGAGAGCUGCUAGAGUUAGGACAAUUAGGACACAAAGGAAAUAUUUAUCAGAUUCAAAUUGUUAGGGCUUGUAUAGAACUCCAACCCUGUAAGAUAGGACAUAGUCACAUUUUGGGGUUUUUAUGUUUUGUAAGAGUGUUGAAGUGACUAUGCUAGUCAAGUGAUGUUUUUCUUCUCUCAGAUUCCUUUGGCACUUCCUCUGUCAGUUUAGCAAUGAUAGAUUUUUUUUCUUGGUUUUGGUAGGAUUAAAGAAGCCUUGGAAAACAUGGAGAUUUUAAAGGGCAGGGUGGGAUGACUUAGAGAAGCUAAGUUAGAGCAGCCAGGAUUGCCAUUUUUUAAGUCAGUUAUCUGGAGAUCAUGACUUUCUUAUGUGGUUAUUUUGAGAACAAACUGUUUACUUGUGACUACAACUUAACACAACAUCUCAAGUUCUCAAAAUCUGUUUUAGUUGUGCUCAUUUUGCCAAACCAGUAUUCUAAGAUAACCAUCCUGCUUUUUUUGGUACUCUGGUACUGAUUUUUAAAACCACAUUACAUUCAUCAAGUGGACACAAACACGACUUCAAAUGAAUGUUAAUGUUGCUCUGUAUCUGCUGAAUGUGUAAAUACACAACUGUUAGCUCACUUUUGUAACUUAAAAUAAGGUGAUGUCAGAUUUCAGCUUGUUUUCCUGCCCCCAAGUGACAAACUAAGAAAAGAACUGCUUAUUGCAUUAGAACAAUGUGAAAAUACUCACUUGCAAGUAAAGGUUCCACAUUCCAAAUGUUACUGAAGCAAAAGUACAAGUAACAAAAGUAAAUAUACUCAUUAAGCAGAAUGUCUCCUGAGUGUCAUAUUAUAAAAUACUGGGAUUAAUAUCACUGAUGCAUAAGUAUUAAUAUGGAAUUAAUAUUUCAGAUGAAUAAACAUGUCAGCAACAUUUUAAUAUGUAGCUCUUGGAGGUGGAGUUAAUUUAUACAGUGUUGGGUUGUUCAAUCAACAACACUGCCUCAUAUGUUUUGUAAGUAAAAUUUUAAUAUGCAAAGUAACUAGAGCUGUCACUGCAGCACUUGCAUAAAUGUAUUUAGUUACUCUACACCACCACAGAUUGCACUGUGUGCAUUGUAAGGUUUUCUUGUUUCUCUAAUGAUGGCAUCUGCGCUCGUUAGUCAGUCAUUUUGGGCUAAUUAAGUCAUGAUACCAAGAUAAUAUGGGGACAGUAGCUGUAAGCAAUCCCAGCUGCUCUCAGCUUCCAUAGAUAUGCAUAGGUGUGUAGUUUAGUUUAGUUUUAGGGAGAGAAUGAUGUGAGUCAGCACGUUAUUCAGGCUGUAGAUUUAUUGACUAAAUAAUGUGGUUAUAUCUUACAUCACUUCAAGCCAAAGGUUCGGAUUGACAUAUCUGGUGUGUUUAUGUGUAUAGUCAAGAUUGUAAAAUAGAUAUGAACUAUGAGAUAGGGGAAAAAAGGAUUGCCAUGGCAACUAAACUGUUCAACCAUUUAAUUGCUUAGUCCACAUGCAGAGAUAUGGAAAAGAAUUAGGGCCAUAUGAAAAAAUAAUAAUUCUGAGUAAAAGGCGGAAUUCUGGAGAAAAAGGUCAGACUUUAAUCACAGAAAUCUGACUACAAUUUAAUGUUUUGUGGCACUAAUUCUCUUCUGUUCUGAGUAGUGUUGGUCGUCCAGACAUAGAUGUUUUUUUAUAUAAACUUCCAAUAUAUUCAUUGGUAUAAUUGAUGAUUUUUAUAUUACAGGAGAGAUUUAAAAAAAUAUAUAUAGCAGUGGCCAAAGCUACUAUGUCUAUUUUAUCUUUUUGUUAAUUUGGUUUUGCCUUUUUUUCUUUCAUAAUUAAAAUUUAAGGGGGGUAAAGUAUAAUAAUCCAACAAUGUAUUAUAUUUGAACUGUGCAGUGAAGAUGUUCUCUUAUAUGAAAUACACAAUGGUAUAAUGUUUUAGAUUUAGACACGUAGAUCAGUUGUUAGGGCGAGCUAUCUCAUUUUCUAUCAAAUCAUUCUGAUUUUUAUUAACUCUUUACAAAUAAUGUAAUCACUAUGUAGAUACUCUCAUUCACCUUUUUUUGUCAAUUGUACCAUUUUGCACAUGCAACUUGUAAUUUUCACAUAAACCUGAGACAUAUCAGUGCUGUAGUUGUAAUUUUUCUUCUAAACUUUUUUUUUAUCAGUUCUGCAACUUCUGAUUCUUUUUCUUUCCUCUCAUGUCAUUCUUAAUGUGACAUUCUUUUUGUU